AAUCUUCAAAUAAUGUUGGUUCAUGUACAAAAUGUAUCAUUCACAACAUUUACAUUUACUGGUUUUCAUGAGUUGGAAGAAUGGGGGCCCAUUCUUUCUAUUCCCUAUCUUCUAAUGUUUUUAUUGUCCUUUACUUCAAACCUUAUACUCAUAUACUUAAUAAUAUCUCAAAGGGCUCUUCACACUCCUAUGUGUCUACUAAUUGGUCUAAUGGCAGUUGUGGACCUUUCUUUGCCAAUAUUUUUUAUACCAAAACUGUUGCUAAAUGUAUUAUUUAAUUGGAAAGGAAUUUCACUUGUGGGGUGUUUGGUGCAAAUGUUUUGCAUUCAUUGUGUUGGCACAUUUCAAUCUACUAUACUGCUCUGGAUGGCUCUGGAUCGUUUUUUUGCUAUAUGUAAACCUCUAUAUUACCACAAAUACAUGGCAAUGACCAACUUCCUAAAAUUCAUUAUAUUUCCUGUUAUCAGAAAUGUGCUUGUUAUCACUAUAAUGGUUUCUUGGGCUGGAAAAUUGACUUUUUGUGCAACAGAUCAAAUAGAUCAUUGUUUCUGCGAACAUAUGGCAUUGGUUCAGCUGGCAUGUGGGGAUGUUUCCAUUAACAAUGCUUUAGGACUUUUGGCUCUUUUUCUUAUAAUAACUGCUGAUUUUAUGUUCAUUACGAUAUCAUAUAUAGCAAUACUUUUUUCUGUCCUGAGAUCUGGUAAAACCUCCUUAAAGGCUAUUAAUACCUGCAUUACUCAUAUAAUUGUCAUGUCAGUUAGUCUGACUUUUGCUUUAAUUGCCUUUUUGUCAUACAGAAUAAGAAACAACUUCUCUCCCUCCAGCCGUGUCUUUUUGAGUACAAUGUACUUGAUUUUUCCAAGCUGUUUUAAUCCUAUUAUUUAUGGAGUAAGAACCAAAGAAAUCAGAGAACAUAUUUUAAAAUUCAUAAACCACUUUAACGUCUUUCUAAAGUAA